CGGCAGACUUUCCUGAUCCGCGAUACUCGCCGUCCGGUUCGUUAUCUCGUUUAGUCGCGGACCAUCGUUCUCCCGUCUUACUUAACAUCCCGGCUAGUCUAGUGCACCGCCAGCGAUCCCGAGUUUGCCACAGUCUCCGCGAAACAAAAAUCUGGGCGAUAGUGUCGGCUACGCUAUGUUGUUCCUGACCGUGGCGGCGUGCCUGGUCAUCACGGUGCAGGCCGGAUGUCCCAUGAGGCCCACCGCGGAACAAACUACAGCGACGAGGACCGCGGGCGACGGCGGCUACAGGAUUCUCGUUAGCGGAGAAGCGGACAAGUAUAUCCCCAACGCUGUUUACACAAUCAGUUUGCAAGGCUCGAGAACGCACGAGAGGCUGCAACAGUUUACCCGCUUCACGGUAUCCGUUCACUCCCAGCAUGCGCCGAACAAUCCCGCCGCACGGGUCGGCUACUUUCAAUUAUUCCCGGACUCGCUGGCCACCUUCAACGAGGAUUGCGUGAACACCUUCUCGGAAGCGUCGGAUCUCCCGAAAACUGAGAUCCAAGCGAUGUGGAGGGCACCGCCGAAGGGCUCGGGAUGCGUUAUCUUUACGGCGAUGGUCCUGGAGAAUAACGUGCGAUGGUACGCCGAGGACGGCAGCUUAACGAAAACCUUCUGCGAGAUGAGCCCGAAAGAGCUGGAGGACCUCGACGGUGACAAGUGCUGCGCCUGCGACGAGGCCAAGUAUUCGUUAACUAUGGAGGGAAUCUGGUCGAACGUGACCCACCCGAAGCAGUUCCCGUUCUCCGCCUGGUUGACCCACUUCAGCGAUGUGAUCGGCGCGUCCCACGUUCCUAGCUUCUCCUUCUGGGGCAAGGACCACAUCGCCACCGACGGCUUCCGGCAACUGGCCGAGUGGGGCUCCGCGUCGGGGGUGGAGGCGGAGCUGAGGCUCAACGCGAACAAACUGAGGACGCUGAUUAAGUCCGCCGGCCUUUGGUACCCGAACGUAAACAGCAACACGACCACCAGUUUCAGAGUAGACAAAAACCACCCCUUGGUCUCGGUGGCGUCCAUGCUGGGUCCUUCCCCCGAUUGGGUGGUCGGCGUCAGCAAGCUGAAUCUCUGCAGGAAAGACUGUACCUGGACAAAAAGCGAGAUCAUCGACCUGUAUCCAUGGGACGCUGGUACCGACAAUGGGAUAACCUACAUGUCGCCGAAUUCCGAGACGAAGCCACGGGAGAAAAUGAAGCCGAUCACCACUUUGUACCCCGAAGAUCCUAGAUCACCUUUCUACGAUCCUACUGGUAGACCCAUGCUACCUCUGGCUAGGUUGUAUUUGAACAGGGAGAAGCUGAUCCCACGUGGUUGCGACGAAGAGGCUCUUCAACAACAACUGACGCAAUUGGAAGUCGCUGAAAAUACCGAAGACACUUCUAGACCUGAAUGCCAGACGACGGAGUACACGGCCUGGUCACCCUGCUCGGUGACAUGCGGCAAAGGAUUGAGGAUGAGGACCAGAACCUAUUUGAUGCCGGAGAAGGCGGCCAUGUUGCAGUGCAAUAGGCAGCUGGUUUCGAAGGAGAUGUGCGUUGCAUCGGUCGCAGAAUGUCAAGGCGAAGAAGAGGCGGAAGGUGACGUGGAGGUAGGAUUGCCAGUCAGUAACGACGCGCUGUGCAGAACUACCGACUGGGGCGAGUGGUCCGAGUGCUCAUCGACCUGCGGCAUCGGGAUGAGGUUGAGAAGGAGAAGGUUCUUCAAUAAUAUGGCUCGUAAACGAUGUCCUCAGUCGCUCGUCGAGAAGACGGAAUGUACGGGGCCACCGUGUCCGGCCGGCGCCGAGGAACAAAUUGAUCCUACGUGCAAGGUGACAGACUGGUCCGACUGGUCGCCCUGCAGCGCAUCCUGCGGGAAGGGGGUGAAAUUGAGGACCAGGUUACUAAUGGUCGACCCUUCGGAGCAACAACGGUGCUCCUCCAAGGUGGAGAUGCUGCAACAGAGACCUUGCUUGGAGCAGGCCGACUGUACGUUCGACAUGGCCACAGCGAAAGUGGUCUGUAUGGAGGAAGCAGAUCCCGGUCCCUGCAGAGGCUACUUCCAAAGAUGGUCGUUCGUUCCUCAGAAGUUGAUGUGCGUGCCAUUCGUCUACGGCGGCUGUCGCGGCAACAGGAACAACUUCUUGACUGCCGACGAGUGCAUCAACACUUGCGGCAUUGUACGAGCGAUUUUAAACGGAGAGCCACUGAACGCUACCAGCCUUCAGCAACCGUCGACACCAGUCGACUGCCAGGUGUCCAAUUGGUCGCCUUGGACAUCCUGCAGCGUCACUUGCGGCUCCGGUCGUGUCACUAGCUUCCGCACUGUUCUGCAAGACCCGCAGAACGGCGGUCGUCCUUGUCCCAAGAAGCUUCAGCGUCGCUCCCGAUGCCAGCUCGCGCCGUGCGAGUAACACUUCAAAUAAACUGGAUUCGAGACUGGCGCGGCUAAAACAGCAAACAGAGAAGACAGGGAAUACGUUCGUUUUUGGGCGCGGAUCGUGACCCGUUCAAGAUGUAAUGAUUCACGCGAGGGACGCCUCAAAUAUUCACCUUUCCCUUCGUUCUCCAUUCACAAAGGAACGUCCACCGAUUCCGAUGAAUCUUUGAUACGAUCGUUCUCGUAUGAAUAUUUUGCACGUGGUUCUUUAUAAAUUUAUUGAAAAUUUUGUAUGCUAUUCUAACGUCUUCGAUGUUAAUAGUAAAAUAGAAUGUGAUCAACGUGUAAAGUUUAUGAAAACUCUGGAAACAGAUUUUUCUCGGUUUCUUCGUGUAUUUGUUGCAAUAUCAGAAUGGAAAUAUUUAUUUUUAAAAUUAUUUUGGAUAUUCGACAGUAAUGUGUUUAAUGUUAACACUAGAAGUACUGAGAGUUUCAUAUGAUCAACGUGUAAUGCUUAUGAAAACUCUGGAAACAGAUUUUUUACAGUAUCCGAGUGAAAACUGUUUAUUUUGGAAACAAUUUGGAUAUUCGACACUUUCAAGGUGUCUAUAAUUGCGAAAUAAGAAAAAUGGAACCUGUUAUUUAGUGUUGAUACAUUUGUAGGUUCUUUGUUUCAUUAAAGAUUCAUCAGAAUCGAUCGAUGUCGCCGUGAAAUUGGUUCCCCGGGGAUCGAAGAGGAUCGUCCGAUAUAUUGUAAGUUUUUCUACAAGAUGGUGGGUACGAAAUAAACCGAUGUAUCAGAAUAAAUGGUAUUUUAUUAAUG